UUUACUCCCCGCGAAAUGGAGCGGGUGUUGGCGGACGCUCUUCUAACGCAGAGUCGGGAGCCCUGCGCGUUGCUGGGCGCGCUGUGCGGCGGCGAGGCGAGUGCGGAGCGGGCAGAGACUCUGCGCCUGGUGCUGCAGCGGCUGGAGGAGCGCGGCGCCGGCGCCGGCGCGCUGGCCAAGGCGGCACAUGAGGUGGCCGAGGGCCACCUGGUGCCCUUACUGCACGCGUCCCAGGGCGGAGGGCCUGUGGGGUCCCGCGUGCUCCGAGCGGCGAGUGCCGCGCUGCGCUCGUGCGCGCGCCUGGCAGGUCCCGAGCUGGCGGUCACUUUGGCCGAAGACGCGCUGAGCGAACUGCCGAGCGCGCCGGCCGUGGAGCUGCUGGCCGCCGUGGCGCCGUGUCUGCGCGCGCCGGAGGAUGCCCCGCUGCUGCGUCGCCUGGCACGCGCGUCUGUGGAGCUGGCGCUGGCCGGGGACGCGCCUCCGGCCGUGGGAGCGCGCCUGCUGCCUGCGCUGGCACAGAGCGCAGAACCCGCUCUGCGGGCGGCGUGGGACGCGUUGAGCUCCGCGGGGCCCGGAGCUGAAGGUAGCACUGGGCCAGAGCUGCUGGUGCUGAGCGCCCUGGCGGAGAAGCUGCUGCCCAACCAUGAGCGUCACGGGGAUCUCGACGCCCGUCUCUGCGACCGCUUCUGGAGAACCGUACAGGCGGGGCUGGGCCGCGCGCAGGACGCGCUCACGCGCAAGCGCGCGCGCUACCUGCUGCAGAGGGCUGUACAGGUGUCUGGAGAGCUGGCGGUGGAUUGCUCCUGCGGCCCUCAGGACAUAAAGGGUCCGAGCCUAUUCUGGUGGUCUGAGAAGAAAAAAGACGAGCUUUUAAAGUUUUGGGAAAACUACAUGUUGAUCAUGGAAGUUUUAGAAGGAAACCAGAUACAUGUCAUAAAGCCAGUCUUACCAAAGCUAAACAGUCUGUUUGAAUACGCAGUAUCAGAGGAGAAUGGCUGCUGGCUCUUCCAUCCUUCCUGGCACAUGUGCGUCUAUAAAAGAAUGUUCGAAGGCGAGAAUAAAAUUCUGGCCAGAGAAGGCGUGAUCCACUUCUUGGAGCUGUAUGAAGUGAAAUCGCUCCCUUAUUCUCCAGAACUCUCAGAGUUUGUUACUGGCCCGCUGAUGGAUGCCCUCUCAGAGAGCUGCCUGUACAGCAGGUCCCCAGGGCAGCCACUGGGAAGUGACUCUCCCCUGGGAUUAAAGCUGCAGAAGUUUUUAGUCGCUUACACUUCCCUUCUUCCAGAAGAAACAAAGAGUCAUUUCCUGUUAAAGUUCAUCCAGAGGAUGGCAGACAGACACUGGUGUGCAGUGCCGGUUUUGUUCCUGUCCAGGGCUUUAGCAAGCGUGCCCAGAUGUAAGGCCCUGGGUGGAGAAGGGCUUCUUGCCCUCAGGGAUGUUCUCCAGUGCACCAUGAUCACGCACCAGGUCCUCCUGAGGGGAGCAGCGCAGUGUUAUCUUCUUCAGACAGCCAUGCGUCUGGUGGAUGUGGAGAAAGUGUCUCUUUCUGACGUCUCAGCUUUUCUCAUGUCUCUGAGACAAGAGGAAUCCUUGGGACGUGGGACGGUGCUGUGGACAGAGCUCUGUGACUGGCUGCGUGUUAAUGAAAGAUACUUUAAGCAGUCCUCAAUCGGUGGCUCUGAUGGACGUGAGGCAUCCUUAAAUGCUUACGUGAAGAACCUAGUUCAGGAGUUCGUGAAGUCUCCCGGUUGGGAAAAAGAAAGCAGCUUCAUGCCAGACUGGCUGGAAGCCAGGCUGACUGCACUGAUGGUCUUGCUGGCUGUGGACGUGGAAGGAAUGAAGACUAAAUUCAGGGAAAAGCAGAGGGCUCAGAACGUGCUGAGGAUCUUCUUAGACCCCUUGCUGGAUGCCCUAGGGAAGCUCGGCACCAAUGCCUACAUGCCCUUGCUGAGGACUGACCGGUGCCUCCAGCUGCUGGUGAGGUUGCUGCAUUCUUGUGUGCCAAGAGGUUCCGGUGCCCAGGAUGAUGAGGUAUCCACUGCGCUCCAGGCAUCCAUCAUGUCUGCUGCGGAGAGCGUGGCUCAGUUUGUGCUCAGGAGACUUACCAUGAAGGAGCUGCAGGACGUGGCAGAUCUGGACCGCUGCCAGCUCUACCUGACCGUGUUGGCCGAGCUCUUGAGACUCCAGGUUAAGCUGGGCUGGAAAGCAGGCAACCCGGUCAGCCGGGUCAUUUCUCCUUUGAAAAACGCAUGUGUUCGCCAUCUUCAGGAGGCCGAGGGCAGACAGGAGCCGACCCUGAGUCAGCAGGUACAGAGAGCAGUCAGCAUGGCCACCCUGGCAGCUCUGUGUGAGGCUGUGGACCAGCACCCAGUGCUGCAGCCUGACUCUCCCAAUGCUGAGCCUGUGGACAGGUUCCUGUCAGCCCUUCCACUCAAUCACAUGCUGCAGAAGCCCCGUUCAGAGGAGCAGAACAUCGGUGUAUGUCCCCUGGAGAAUGGCAGUGUCUUUGAAGAAUCAUCAUCUUCCAAAGGAUGGGGGAAAAUAGUCGCACAGUAUCUACAUGAUCAGUGGGUCUGCCUCUCCUUCCUGCUGAGAAAGCACCACCCCCUUAUUCCAGCCAAGGAAAAUGACAUGCUGGAGUGUUUUCUCCCUGCUGUUGAGAUGCCUGUGCAGACCCUGCAGUCAGCGCUGGACGUCCUCACGGUCCUCCCUGCCGGCUGCAUCUUGCCUGUGUUCCGCUGCAUGGAGGUGCUGGUUCCCCAGCUCCUGACUUCCGAGGAGACACUCUGCAUAGAAUCCUUUGAUGUGGCUUGGAAAAUCAUAGCUUCCUUGAGCAACACACAGCUGACAUUCUGGCCUAACUUAAAAGCUUUUGUUCACUUUGUUUUCGAUCAUGAGAUUCUUACUAUUGCCGCAAAAAUCAAGGGCCAGGCAUAUUCCAAAAUAAAAGAGAUUAUGUGCAAGAUGAUUGAAAUGUCCUCCAUAAAAUCAGGCGUCUUCAAUGUCCUGAUACGUCACUGCUGCCAAUCUUGGUUAGCAGCUGCUUCUGGUGUGUCCCAGGGGUCAUUUUCCAGUGCUAAGGAUUACAGUGAACUUGUCCUGGAGGCUUGUGUGUUUGGAACAGUGUUUAGGCGAGAUCAGAGACUCAUUCAAGAUGUCCAAACCUUCAUAGAAAACCUUGGACCAAGCUGUGCAGCAAAUAUCAUCAUUGAGAACACUAAGAGAGAAGAUUAUUAUGUGAGAAUCUGUGCCAUCAAAUUCUUGUGUCUGCUAGAUGGCUCCGACAUGUCCCACAAGUUGUUCUUAGAAGAUCUUGCUGCCAAGCUCCUGGAUAAGGAUGAGUCAGCAUCCAGGUCCAGAACUCGAUACCAUGAGAACUCCCUCCAGCACCGGGUGAAGAACCGUGUGUGGCAGACUCUGCUUGUCCUCUUCCCUGCAUUUGAUCAGAAAUUCUUACAUGGGAUUAUUGAUAAGGUUUUCCACGCUGGCUUCACGAAUAAUCAAGCGUCCAUAAAAUAUUUUAUUGAGUGGCUUAUUAUAUUGAUUCUUCAUAAAUUCCCUGAGUUUCUUCCAAAGUUCUGGGCGUGUUUUUCUUACGGUGAAGAAAAAAUUAAAACAAGCAUUUGUACAUUUUUAUCUGUCUUAUCACAUUUGGAUAUCAUCGUUCAGAAUAUCCCAGAAAAGAAGCUGGUUCUGAAGCGAGCCCUCACCGUUGCCCUGCAGUGGUGUCUGAGCCACAACUUCAGCGUCCGGCUCUAUGCUCUGGUAGCCCUCAAGAAGGCCUGGCAUCUGUGUGAAGCACUGCAGUUUGAAGAGUGUGGCGCUUGGACCACAGUUAUCGAGUGCAGCCUCAGCCAAGCAGAGAGCAUGCAUGGAGCAGGGAACGCCAGGAAGAACUGGCAGCGCAUCCAAGACCAUUUCUUCUUCUCCACCUUUCACCCCCUGAAGGACUACUGUCUGGAGACCAUAUUUUACACGCUCCCACGGCUCUCCGGUGUCACUGAAGAAGAGUGGAUCACACUGGAUAAAUUUGCCAGCUUCACAGACAUCCCUUCCAAUGCAGGGUCCCAGUGGUACCUGUCUGGGACUGCACUUGGUGAGCUGAGUCCAGGAGACUGGUCACAGCAGGACCAAGGUUCUACUUUGGGUGAAGCAGACAGCCAAUCAGAGUGGGCUGAUGUCCAGAAAAAAAUCAUCCCUUGGGGACACAGUGCUCUGGAGUCAGACCUGGAGCUUGCGUUUCAGGAUCGGGCUGCCAAGCUUGGAAAGUCCAUUAGCAGACUGAUCGUUGUGGCCUCACUCAUCGACAAGCCAACCAACCUGGGAGGGCUGUGCAGGACCUGUGAGGUGUUCGGGGCUGCAGUACUUGUCGUCGGCAGUCUUCAGUGUGUCAGCGACAGACAGUUCCAGCACCUCAGUGUCUCUGCAGAGCAGUGGCUUCCUCUGGUGGAGGUGAGACCAUCCCAGCUGAUGGAUUAUCUGCAGCAGAAAAAGGUGGAAGGCUACACUGUCAUUGGUGUGGAGCAGACAGCGCAAAGCUCAGACCUGGCCCAAUACCGCUUCCCUGAGAAGUCGCUACUGUUGUUGGGAAAUGAGCGGGAAGGAAUCCCAGCCAACCUGAUCCAGCAGCUGGAUGUGUGUGUGGAGAUCCCUCAGCAGGGCAUCAUCCGCUCACUAAAUGUGCACGUGAGUGGGGCUCUGCUGAUCUGGGAGUACACCAGACAGCAGCUGCUCGGGUGUGCAGGGCCACCAUCCUGAACACUGGGCCUCACCUGCUAUCUCAGCUCUCACGGUGCUAUGGACGGUGACUUACAACCUUCUGGACGAAGGAAAUAUUCUGAGAUGUCCUGGGAUUAUCUUCGUGUCUCUAACCUUGCACCUCAAUGCCAAAACCUCUUCAUGUGCCUUAAAGUAUAUCAGCAUAUAUCGUCCCCCUUUUUUAGCUAACCUUUUUAAAAUGUUUUAAGAAUUUAUGGAAUUUUAAGGGUAUGUUCUUCCUAGAAACCGGUAGAAACUGGUGUUGUCAGGCUGGCAGAACUGAAGUUGUUAUUUAUGAGCACCCAUGCCCUUCUGUUUUGAAGAAGCAGCUGAGGCAGAGGGAAGGUUUUGAGAGCCAGCAGCCUCUCCCUGCUGUUAGGCACCUGUGUGUUCCUGGUGAGAGAGGGAGCACAUGCGGCAAGAUAUGGAUCAGCUCCAAUGAUGCUCUUUUAUCCUCAGGUCCUAGGAUUCAUUUCCAAAACCAAAGAUUGAGCCCUCAUUGGUUUAAAUGAGAUUUAUCCUAUACGGUUGUUCUCUGAUGGUGGCUGGAAAUCUGUCUCUGAGGACUAUAACCAUCACCCCCGUGCUGUUGAGCGGCUCCUGUGAAUCCCUACUGAAACCAAGAACAAAAGGCACGAGUGCUUUCCGCUCAGAUAAGUGCAUCAUUUAGCGGUAGUCACUAUCGUCAUCCAGCAAGGAGCUUGUUAUCCCGAACCCUUUGAGUAAUACUCAAAUUUCUCCUGAACCACCCCACAGACCACCACAUCUCCACAGCCCCUUCACGUAGAUGCCACUCCUGUGGUCUGAGAUAUCAGGUAGCAGCUCAUCCGGGUAUUUGUUUCUGUUGUUGGUAUUCCAUCCAUCACUAGGAUAUAGUACUUUAUCUCCUUCUGCCAUGGGCAUCUGGUUUUAAGUGACUGAUGCUGCAGGUUUUGCUUCCAGUUCAUUUGGUGAGGUAGCUAGGGGUGGGACUGGUGGGUCAAAGGUCAGCAUGUUUGACUGAAAACCUCUGCAGAGGGCUUUCUUCCUUUACAGUAUCACCGAGAGUGACUUGUUCUGCAUCCUUGUCACCACUUGGUAUUGCCAGACUUUAAUUGAAGCCAUUCUAAUCGGUAUCUAGUGACACAUUAAUAUGGCAUUAAUUCCCAUCAUUCUUAUAUUUAAUGAUAAGGAGGCUCUUUUUAGAGGUUUAUCAUCUGUUGCAUUUUCUUUGAAAAAUAUACAUUCACACAAUUUGCCCACAUUUUAAACAUUCUUAUUAAGAAUCAUGAGUUGUUUUUUUUUGUUGUUGUUGUUGUUUUUUUAAUUCUGGAUUCAAGUUCUUCAAGAAAUAUGCCAUUUGUGAGUAUUGUCUCCAUGUCUGUGAGUUACUACUACACUUUUGGGAGCCCCAUCCUUAGGUAUUUUCUUAAUCAUCUUGGACUAGACCCAGUUUUCCUUUCCCAAUCUUCAUAUUUAUUUCUUCUUUGUCUUAUUGAACCAGGUAGCAGCCCAGGUAUUGCCUAAUCACCGAGGACAUUUGAACAAAUGUUUUAUUUUAACCUAUCAAUUA